GCAAAGACCAGACCUGGUUUGGGAGAGCCCGUUUCCGAGCGGUGACUUCACCUCCCACGUGCCGGGAGCCCCGGCUCCCGAGGGCGCCCAGGACCGUCCCGAAAAUGAAAGCGGACACAACCCGCGCCGGGCCGACCCCCCGCCCGCGCCGUGACGGGCCGGCCGCGGGCGGGGGGGUUGUCAGGGCCGGCGGGGCGGGCCGGGGGACGCGUCCCGGGCUGAGCGGGGCUGCCGAGACCGCGCCGUGCCCCAUGUCGCCGGACCGCCGGUGGCUGCCGGGCCGGCACAGCCCCCGCCGGUACCUGCUGGCCGCGCUGGCGGCGCUCGCCGGCCUGGGGGCGCUCGCAGGGCUCAUCGCGGUUUUCUACUUUGAAUCAGUCCGGGGGCAAAAAACGUCUCUUAAGAGGCUGGAAAACUAUGUGGCAUCAAUGGUGCUGAGCGCAGUCGCUGACACGCUGGGCUAUAACAAUGGGAAGUGGGAGUUCCAGGAGAGUGGCGCAGUCAUCCACAGGGAGCUGGCAGAGAUGGGGGGAGUCGGCAACUUGAGCAUCGAAGGCUGGAGAGUCAGCGAUGACACGGUGAUGCACUUGGCCACGGCUGAAGCCCUCAUAGCUGCUGGAAGUCACCCCAGGUUACAGGAUCUCUACUCUCUGCUUGCAAAGAACUACAAGGAGUGCAUGAAUGACAUGGAGGGCAGAGCUCCAGGUGCCACGUCUGUGGAAGGCACAAAGAAGCUGCACCCGGAGCAGCCGAACGGCUGGAGGAUCCCGUUCAACCCGCGGGCGGGAGGCUGCGGGGGUGCCAUGCGCGCCAUGUGCAUCGGGCUGCGCUUCUACCACCCCGACGAGCGGCACACCCUGCUCAAAGUCAGCAUCGAGAGCGGCCGCAUGACCCACCACCACCCCACGGGCUACCUGGGGGCCCUGGCCUCAGCCCUCUUCACGGCCUAUGCGGUGAACCGCAUGCCCCCCCAGGCCUGGGGCAAGGGGCUGCUGGACACACUGCCGCUGGCGAAAACUUACGUGCGGAACAGCGGCUUCUUCGUGAAGGAGAACAUGGAGCACUGGCACUACUUUGAAGACCAAUGGAAGAGAUACCUGGUGGAGAGGGGCAUAUCAGACGGGGUCUCGCUGCCCACCUUCCCCGCCAAGUACGGCGUGGAAGAGAGGGACAAAUUCUACACAUCGCUGAGCUACGACGGCUGGGCGGGCAGCAGUGGGCACGACGCCCCCAUGAUCGCCUACGACGCGCUGCUGGGCGCGGGCGACUCCUGGACUGAGCUGGCUCUCCGCGCCUUCUUCCACGGGGGCGACAGCGACUCCACUGCCGCCAUCGCGGCCUGCUGGUGGGGGGUCAUACACGGCUUCAAGGGGGUUCCCCUGCCCCUCUACGCCCACCUGGAGUACAAGAACCGCCUGGAGAAGGUAGCCAAGGCCUUGUACGAGCUCGUCUAGGCGGGGGGAGGCACGGGCGCGCUUACCCACCGCCCCCUCCUCGCUCGCUCUGCAGACCCACUGGAUUAAAGCUUGUGAGCCUUUUCUCUCUG